AUGGCUUGUAUUGAAGCAACCCCGGGCAAGGCUCGGAUUGGGUGGAUCGGGACUGGCGUUAUGGGUGUACGGAUGUGCGAGAACCUACUCAAAAAGGGCUUUACCCUCAGUGUGCACACUCGUACACCAAGUAAGGCCGUCCCACUUCAACAACUGGGGGCCUCCGUUGUUUCGACUGCACAGGAAGUAGCAGAAAGGAGCGACAUACUGUGUCUCAUGGUCGGAACGCCUGCAGACGUGAAGAAAGUUCUCUUUGGACCGCAGGGGGCUGCUAUAGGCCUCCGUUCGGGCUGCUGCCUGAUAGAUUUCACAACAUCGGACCCUGCACUGGCAGAGGAGGUGUACGUACACCUGAAGUCGAAGGGUGUCCACGCACUGGAUGCUCCUGUUAGUGGUGGAGACAUCGGUGCAAGGGACGGGACCUUGACGGUUAUGGCCGGGGGAGAUCCGGAGGCUCUUGAAGCGGUUCGUCCACUGUUCAAUGCUUUGGCAAAGACUGUCAUGCAUGCAGGACCUGCAGGAUCAGGCCAGAAGACGAAGCUCGCCAACCAAAUCACACUGUGCACCAACCUCGUGGGAUUGGCAGAGGGCCUGCUCUAUGCGGAGCGUGCUGGCUUAGAUCUAGAAAAGACUCUCGCCGUCCUCAUGGGGGGCGCUGCCACUAGCUGGUCUGUCGAGACGUAUGGCCCACGGGUGCUAGCGGGCAACUUCAAUCCGGGAUUCGCCGUGGCUCAUCUUCUCAAGGACCUCAGACUCGCUCUUGCAGAGGCAGCUAGAAUCAAGCUCGCCCUCCCCGGACUGAGCCUGGCGCUGCAGCUCUACGAGGCCCUUGAGGCCCAGGGGGGAGGGGUUCUUGGGGUGCACGCCCUGAAGUUGGCCCUACAGAGCCUUAACUCCGCAGACCAACGCAUUACAGAUGUGGCUGCUCAGACCCAAUAA